AUGUUUGACUACGACGACCUGGAAGAUGUGGAUCCGGUGCCAGACCAGCAAGAGGAGGAACUGCGUGAAGCCAAAGCGGCUGCGGCGCAGCUGUCCAGCGAGGCCUUUACUGAGCGCCGAGAGGGCUGCCGCGUCUUGCAGCAGCUGGGCGCCGCUGCUGCGCCAUACCUCCAACAGCUCGUGCAGGUCUCAGAGAGCGAUGAGGACUACGAGGUGCGGAAGGCUGCGAAGAGCGCGCUGCGGGGCCUCAAGGCCCACGGACUGAAGCCGCAGGCGCCGGCCUGA